AUGAAGCAUUUCUCAACGGAUCAUGGUCUUGGUACUCCGGUUAUAAAGCUCAAAGUUGAUGAGAUAAAUGGAGAAGGUAAAUGGGCUUUUGAACGUGGUUCAUUCGAUGUGACUUGGAGUUCAGCAGAUGGCAAUAAGAAAAGCUAUGGGAUGUAUCUGAAAGUGUGGAAGAAAAAUGCAGAUAAUAAAUGGGUGGUAUACGCUGACAGUACGAACUACAUCAAGUUACCGCCAAAGCCCAAGACGAAGUCAUCGUGA